AUGGGCAACAGUAAGAGUGGGGCCCUGUCCAAGGAGAUCCUUGAAGACCUGAAGCUGAACACCAAGUACUCGGAGGACGAGCUGUGCAAAUGGUACGAGAGCUUCCAGAAGCAGUGCCCCGACGGGCGCAUCAGCCGGGUCGAGUUUGAGAAGAUCUAUGCCAACUUCUUCCCCAACUCUGACCCCAAGGUUUAUGCCCGGCACGUCUUCCGAAGCUUCGACACCAAUGAUGACGGGACCCUGGACUUCCGGGAGUAUAUCAUUGCACUCCACCUCACCUCCACUGGCAAGACUGACCUGAAGCUUGAGUGGGCUUUCUCUCUCUUUGAUGUGGACCGCAACGGAGAGAUCAGCAAGAAUGAGGUCCUGGAGAUCAUCACGGCAAUAUUUAGGAUGAUCCCUCCAGAAGAGCAGAAGGCCUUGCCUGAUGAUGAAAACACCCCCCAGAAACGGGCAGACAAGCUGUGGGCAUUUUUCAAGAAGGGAGAUACAGAAAGAAUUGCUGAAAAGGAGUUUAUUGAUGGGGUGAUGAAGAACGAUGCCAUAAUGAAGCUCAUCCAAUAUGAGCCCAAGAAAAAAUAG